AUGUUCAAGGACAGUAAGAGUGGAACAUGUACUGCAAAGGACAGUCGUCCAGUGUGUAACGAAACACUAAUAGGAAAAGUGAAAGCGGGAUUAAGGAAGUUCCAAAUUAAUAAUGGUGAUGAUAAAUUAGCAAAGGAAAUAGUGGGCAAUUGCCAUUACGCAUGUAACAGGGAGGAGACCGACUCCAGUGGUAAGUGGUGUUAUUUGUUUUAUUAUUGGUUAGGGAGUACAAUAAAAGGGAACCUAGGGAAUCAGCAUUCUUACACACCUGAUAAGGUCAUGAAGGCAAUUUACCAGGAGCUGCAGGGAAAAUGUGAAUGUAAUAAUGAGUGCACUAAUUUGUACGAUGAUAUUAGUAGUUGGCAAACUUUCGAGGAGGGUAAGAAGCUAUUUGAUUACUACUAUAAUAACAGUGCUCUGCCGGGAUACCCGGAUUGUGACAAAAUUAUCUCCGGAAGGAAAUAUACGAAACUGAGGAGCGAUGCUGAAGAAGCAUAUGAUACUUUAGAUGGUAUUUGUGAUAGUAGUAAUCGUGAUAAAUACUGUACGGAAUUUCGUGCGAACCGUGAUCAAUGGAACCCACAGAAACUACCAGAACCAAAGUGCAAUAAUGAACGGAAGCCGAAGGAAGACGAGGAGGAUGAAGUGGACAAAUUCUUACCUUCAAGUAAUGCAUACAAAACUUUAGAAAUCAGCCAAAAACUGUACAAGGCGGAAGCUCUUGUUAGCAUAAUAGAGACCUAUAUAAGAAGUGCAGUGCACAAUCAUACAGAAAAUCCUAAUUGUAUAGAUGAAAUUGCAAGUGCCUGGUACUGUGUUAACAUGGUAAUAAGUAAGCAGAGUACAUAUAGUAAGGACGAACGUUGUAAUUUUUUUUACUACUGGCUGGGACACAUGUUAAAUGGGAAACUGAAGAAUACUAGUAAAUUCGGUGAAGUUAUGAACGAAAUAUACGCAGGAUUGUCUCAAUUUACUGAUGAAGACGUGUGCCCGAAGGUACAAACUAAUAUUGACAUCACGCUCUUUAAUAGAAGGAAAAUAGUAUUCGAUUACUGGUACAAUUAUAAAACCAUGCGAACACAGUGGGAGUCCCCCGAGUUCCAUUGUGAUAGUAGUUAUAAAGCAUACUUUGACCGAGCUCUUUCAGCGUAUAAUGAUGUACAAACAGAUUGCGACAAUAAUGAGAAGAAUAAACAUGGUUCGUACUGUUUGAAAUUUAGCGGACAGUAUGGGGACUAUAAUCCUCAUAUAUUAAUAAAUGGAAAAUGUACUAAUCCACCUAAACGGAAAGAAUACUUGGUAGCACAGGAUCAACCACAACAAGAAACUCCACCUGCAGAAGGAACAUCCGGAGCUACCACUGGUGUAGUAGGUACGUGUACUCAGACAGAGGGGAAAAAAAAGGAAGAAAAGAAAGAAAAGAAAGGGUUUAGGAUUCCACGUUUAAGAUUCUGCUUUUCAGGGUGUAAGGACAACAAUGUGACCUGA